GAGAGCUUGACUUACUUCUUCUUGUCCUUACCUGCGUCCUGGCCGCUUGCUCAGGCUCUCACGCAUGCCUCUGCCGCUUAUGCUGAUGCGCAAAGCGUGCUGACUCUUAUGCCGCCGUUGCUUCAUUGAGACUUCGCUCGACUGGUGGAGACCGUGAUGGAUGGCGAGGACACAUCUCAGCCGCGGACGGCGGCCGGAGGCGACCAACAGGAACCCAAGGUGCAAACCAUUGACCUGAAGCUGCUGUCACCGUCGCCCGAGGUGCCGGCUAGUGGCCUCUUUCUGGAGAAUCUUCCCACGACCACGACGUUGGGAGAGCUGCGAGGCAGGAUUACCGCCGCGCUGCCCUCACGUCCGCCGCCUGCAAGACAGAGGCUCAUUUACUUUGGCCGGGUGCUGCAGAGAGACGAAGACACGCUGGCGAGUGUCUUCGGCGAGAAUAGCGUCCGGCAGCAACGCCAGCACACCUUGCAUUUGGUACUACCGUUAAGAGAUGGAAGUUCGCAGCGAGAGGCGGCUCCGUCCCCAGUACCAAGCGUGCGAGCGUCCAUUUACCCUCCUUCAUCGAUACCGAGGCCAUCCUCGGUGCCUCCGCGUGGAACGGGCGCCGCGAGCCCCUUCAGAGGGCCCGUUAGCUGGCAACCGCAUGCCCAGCCUCCGGCGCCGACUCCUGCUCCCUCCGCAACGACGAGCACCAACACUACGGCUAGUCCUGCUCCGCAGCGUCCUUCUCAAGGCUCUCAGCCGCCUCUACAACAGCCGCAGCCCCGAACGCAGGCCGUGUUAGAUCAACCCAUCUUCCGAUCGGUGAUUGGCAAUGCAAACAUCCGGGCGAACAUCACUGCGAAUGGGCAGCCUAUCAAUCUGCCACCUGAAGUCGUUAAUCAGCUUCUCAAUCAACAUUUUCUCAGAAACGGUGGACUGGAGCAUCUGUUGCCCAGCGGACAGACCCGGUCGCAGUCCGCCGACCAAACUACUCAAUCUGCGGGUGCAUCUCCAUCAGGACCGACCUCACAGCCGUUACAGUCUCGCUCUUCAGGACAACAGCUGUUUCAACAAUUCAUGGCCUCGGUUGGUGAUACGAAUAGGCAAGCGCAAAAUACAGGCGGGGAUGCAGGCUCUCCCCAAGAUCGCCCUUCUGACACGGAGUCAGAGGAGAGAGGACGAUCGAUGGACUCACAAGCUUCUGCUCGCCAUGCUCCCGAUCCUCCAGCCUCUGUACCGUCAACAUCGGCAACGGACUCGCAGCAGCCAUCCUCGAGCAAUUCGCAACAUCCGCCAAACGGCUCUCAAUCCAAUGGUCCCUCGCCCACCAUUCGCGAGCAGUCCGGUGUGAACCCUGAUGGAUCACGCUGGUCGAUCAGGACGGUUGAGAACCACCAUCCUUUUGCACACCCCUACGCUCACUUUGCUCAGCAGCUACCACAGAUCCCAAUUCCCAUGCCUUUGCCACAGGGAUUCGCCUUCGCACCUUUUCAGACCGGCCAGGGGUUUCAGAUGCCUGUAGCUGUGCCUGUGGCAGGGCUUCGCCCACACGGCACACCUCGUUCAGUGUCACCUGCACGGUCUGUGAGCGAUGGACCGAGACGAGUUGGGACACCAGCUGCAGAACUUCAGCAUCGCCUUAUGCACACGAAUCUGGAAAUUCAAAAUCUCAACCAACUUCUGGGUGCUCUAGCGACUGGGACAAACGCCGAUGGCCAGCCCGCUCCCGCCUUGACCGAGGAACAACUAUCGCAGAUUAGAGCGUUCGCCCAAAGCAUGAACGCUCAUAUUGAUGGGUUCGGUCAUGAGCUGAACGCUCUGGCGAAUGCCCACCCGAAUGUGCGCUUCCAGCCGGAGUUUGCAGGCUUAAGUGCCAUGUUCCAUACAUUACAGGGACAAGGACGUGGCGUGUCUCAGCGCAUCGACGCCCUGGCUGGAAGCAAUGCUGCAAGCGCAGAGUCUCUGCCUCGAGCUGAGCCGUCAACGGCAGCUACUCCUGCUGCACCCCAAGAACAGGCGACAGUGUCUCCCGAAUCUGUCUCCAAUCCAGACGUUUCCGUUUCUCAGUCUACGCCGUCUACAACAACGGAUACGUCUCCUGAGACCAAUACGACGACUUACAAUGCGAGCCCUGCCUGUCCUGAGCUUCACUUGCUCUCUGACCCAACGAACACGCAACACUAUCUUCUUAUCGGCCCUAGCGGCCCGCUCGGCACAGGACAACUCCCUCUCGACGUGCUUUACCCGCUCCUCGCAGCACAGCUACCCCAUGAUCAAUUGAUCCGUGACUUCAACCGUGCAGCGCAGGAAAUGACAUAUGCUUUGCAACGCGCCGAUCUGCGAACUGCGCUGCAAGCUGGCCUUUCGAUACCGCUUGCUUCGCAAGGGAGAAGCCAGUCAAGUAGAAUCGAUUCGAACGCGACAAACACGUCGACGGCGAGGGCAUCAGUCAUUGGGAUCGGGCAGCACGGUCAAACUCCAGCCGCUGGUCCUGCACACGCACAGCCACAGCAGCAACCCGCACCUCCUGCUGGUCCUGCACGUGCUGUACAAGGUCAGGCUCGGCAACAACCCGACGAGAUGCGCGAUGUUCUUGCCCCCAUUGUCCGUAACCUGUGGCUAAUUGUUCGUCUCUGCAUAUUUGGCUGGUUUUUCUUCUCCUCCGGCCGUGGAUACGGACGCCUGCUCAUCUUGCUCGUGCUCGGCGGUCUCGUAUGGGGGAUCAACGCCGGCAUCUUCGGCCAACGGCUCAACGGACUGUUGGAUAGCAUCCAACGUCAUUUUCAAGAAGUCGUGGACGAGGCGAGGGGCAAUCGUCCUAACGAGCAACAACAGACGGCCCCUGGCAACAAUGCAGGUGAAGGCUCCUCACGUGCCGCCGGUUUCCCCACGCCAGAAGAAACAGCGCGACGUCUUAUGGUCCAGCAAGCGGAAGGACAGCGCCGUAGGAUGCGCGACACGUUGAGACAGAUUGAACGCACCAUCGCGCUGGCAUUGGCAAGUCUUUGGCCUGGUGUAGGCGAGGCUGUUGUUAGAAACCAUGAACGGGCGCGGAGAGAGGCAGAGAGAGCUGCCGAAGAGAGGAGGAGGGCUGAGGAAGAGGAGGCGAGGAAGAGGAGCGAGGCUGAAGAAGAAAAGAAGGCAAAAGAUUGUGUGGCCGUUGGCACGGCGGAAGGGAGCACGAGUGUGAACAGGGCUGGUGGUGCUGAGAGGGUAAACAAGGGGAAAGAGAAAGCUGACAGCGGUGACGUAGAUUGAGUGAUGAAAUGAGUAUCAAUGGACUGAGGAAAUGAUUUCAUUCGAGCGACUGUACCAAAUUUCAAAAAUGGGGGGAUAAAAAAUUGUAACUCAAAGUUCGUUUUUCUCCUAUGUCGAUAGACGUCACCCGGCUCUCGCCGACCACAUUCAUAGCAGAUAUAUUGCAAAUGCGACCCAAUUGCUUUCAACGUGCG